ACGAAGUAUCCCGCUCGGUUUUUUACUCCAUUUUGUACGCGCGUCGAGUAUUCGUUAAAGCGUCCUCCUGGAACACUUGAGUAGAUUUUAUAGCUUUCACGCGAUCGUUAUGGCCACCGACGAAGCAGUGGAUCAACCAGAUUUGUCUUGCAUAGAGGAGAGUCUUAUGAGUUUUGAGAAAUUGGAUAGAGCAUCUCCUGAUCUAUGGCCUGAACAGACGAGCAAUGAAGUUCCAGGUGUACAUGAGUUUGUUGCUCAAAAUUCACCGCAGACAGAACCAUGUUUUUGGGCUGCGAUGUCGCAGGAUGACAUAAGCCAUGUGCAUCAGCUGGGUAAUUUAUCAAUGACCGGGCUUAUCUCGGAAGUGAAAAGACUGCACGAUUUAGCUUAUCAGCUGGGUCUAGAAGAGGCUAAGGAAAUGACACGCGGCAAAUAUUUGAAUAUAUUUAAACAUAAAUAACUUAUUUUAGAUUUGCAAAAAAAUAAAACUCGUGAAAAUCCAAUAUUAUAAUCGGUAUUUAAAAAAACGUUUUGAGACGUUUUUAUAUUUUUGCAACCUUAUGAAUUUUCUAAGAUCCACCUUGUGUAUCUCUGAACAUUUACAAAUGCAGAUGGAAAAAUGGUGCUUGAGUCGCAACUAGACCCAUAUGAUAGGAUUCCAACCUGAUUAAAAAAAAAAGUGUAAAACAUAAAUAUGUGAACUACAUCUGUAGUAUAUAUGUAAAUAUUUAUGUUGAUAACAUACCAAGAAAUAAGUGUCCGCAUAUUUGUAUAACAGAGGACUACCACUGUAACCUGAGCAAGGUUCACAGUUUCCUUUGGCGCAUAAUUCGACAGAUAGAGCUUGGCUUAAAUAGUCCGAGCACUGCUGCUUAGGUACGAGUUCUAGUUGUAAUGACUGUUGCGUCAGUGGUUGCGCUGGAUUACAGGGUUACAGCACUUGAACGUUACAUAAACACAGCUUACAGUUUUAUGCUUUA